UUGCGUUCGCUGUUGCGUGUGACGCACGACGCGUAUCUCGGAGUACCUCUGAAAAUGGCGACCGUAAUGAUGCGAUUAAAUAGGGGUGUUUUCUUUGCUCCGGCGUUCAGCCCUCGAAACAUCGUAUUGAGAUCAGCAACCACGGCAGCGAGAGCUGUGGGCGUGUCCUCAGUGAAGCCUCUUCCUGAUAGGGUGAAAAUCGUGGAGGUGGGGCCCAGGGAUGGCCUGCAGAAUGAGAAGACCAUCGUCCCGGCGGAGGUGAAGAUACGGUUGAUUGACAUGCUUUCGGAGGCGGGACUUCCUGUCAUCGAGGCGACGAGCUUCGUCUCCCCAAAGUGGGUGCCUCAGAUGGCAGACCAGGUGGAGGUGAUGAUGGGCAUUCACAGAAGGCCGGGUGUGAUCUACCCCGUCCUCACGCCAAACCUCAAGGGCCUUCAGGCUGCACUGAAAGCGGGCGCGGAGGAGGUGGCCGUGUUCGGCGCAGCGUCGGAGCUCUUCAGCAGGAAGAACAUUAACUGCUCGGUGGAGGAGAGCCUGCAGCGCUUCCAGGAGGUCACCAGGGCGGCGACAGAGGCAGGGGUGCCUGUGAGAGGGUAUGUUUCCUGUGUGCUGGGCUGUCCUUACGAAGGGCAGGUGUCCCCGGACAAGGUGGCUCAGGUGGCGAAGCGGCUGUACUCCAUGGGUUGCUAUGAGGUCUCCCUGGGCGACACCAUCGGCGUGGGGACGCCGGGCAGCAUGGUGCGGAUGCUGGAGGCCGUGUGCCGGGAGGUGCCGGUCGGAGCGCUGGCGGUGCACUGCCACGACACCUACGGCCAGGCGCUCGCCAACAUCCUGGUGGCCCUGCAGAUGGGGGUGUGUGUGGUGGACUCCUCUGUGGCGGGGUUGGGCGGGUGUCCGUACGCUCAGGGUGCCUCAGGGAACGUGGCGACAGAGGACGUGGUGUACAUGCUGCAGGGCCUGGGCAUCCACACUGGAGUAGACCUCUCUAAGCUCAUGGAUGCGGGGGCGUUUAUCUGUCAGGCUCUGAACCGGAGGACCAGCUCCAAGGUGGCCCAAGCUUCCUGCAAACUUUGAGCACUACCCCUCCGGGCCAGCAGGGGGUGCUGUUCCUCAGCCCUCGUGCCUUUUUAUCACUCACUCACUUACCAGAGAUUUAGUAAGAAGCUAGUGUUUUAUUUAUUUAAAAAUGAAUAUUCAGCAGAAGUUGGGGCGGCCUGUAGCAUAGUGGUUAAGGUAAAUGACUGGGACACGCAAGGUCGGUGGUUCUAAUCCCGGUGUAGCCACAAUAAGAUCUGCACAGCCGUUGGGCCCUUGAGCAAGGCCCUUCACCCUGCAUUGCUCCAGGGGAGGAUUGUCUCCUGCUUAGUCUAAUCAAUUGUACAUCGCUCUGGAUAAGAGCGUCUGCCAAAUAAUGUAAGUUGCACGGGUCUGGUACUGAAUCACUAACCGUUCUAACGCUGAAAGGAGCAUACUGAGUAUGCAGAUGAAUAUUCAGCAGUUUCAGCAGCACCCGUUUCUGAGUCUUCAGUGUUACAACCUCGCAGAAACUCCCGUAAUGAAGCGCGACUUAGUCCGGUGCCUUAGACUCUCAUCUCUUCCUUUAGGUCUGACCCCUGACCUCUGACCUCUUGCACAGGUCAUUUAAUUCACAUCAUUUAAGUGUUUAUCGUCUCUUUCUCACAAUCGGACGUGUGCGUACUGCACUGUGAUCACAGGGCAUUUUUCAUUUAAUUUUCCUUUUUAAUCUCAGUUUGUGUCCCUGGCGUAAGAGGCAUGCAUACAGCCUGUUACUACUGAAGAAGAAAGCAUUGCCUCGUAAUUCUUCAAUCGACAUAAGACACAGGGCUGUUGCUUAUUAUGUAGCCCUGUGUAAAGUUUAUACUGAACUAUGGAGUGUUUUUUCUGCAUCUACACGGGUGUUGUCGUCACCAGGGGUGUUGUAGGGGGGUGAGGAUGAGGAUGAGGAUGAUUUCCAAGGAGCCCUCAAAAAAAAAAAUUGGAACUUUGGAUUUUUUGGGGUGGGGACCAAUGUGAGAUCCUCUGUUUGCGCCUAAAAUCUCUGCUGGCUCCUGCAUUGUUAUAUGCAGUAGAAGUUUCCGUUCAAAGUUUAAGCUUUUUAAUAGCAAUGAUGUUGAAUGUUGAUUCCGGCAGGGUAAACGCUGUUUUUGCUUAAAUUCGGGGUCUUCUCCAUCCGGUUGGUGCCUUUUUGUUUGAAUUGAUUAAUUUGGGUGUCCUUUUAGCGCUGACAUUUUUAAGUCGACUCUUUUGUGUAUGUCCUUGAAUUGAAUUUCUUUGUAUUUAUUAAACGAUGAUUUAAAUACAUGA